UGCCAUUCGAUAAAGAACCUCAUCGGAGAAGGAGGUUUCGCUCAACAACCUUCACCCUCCAUCUACUCACUUUUUGUUUGACUAAACUGACAGAAAUGGCCAAACUUAUCUUCUUGGUGGCACCUCUACUAGUAUUGGGAAAUAUUGCCUUCAUCCAUGCUGGGUUUGCCCCCAACGUCAUUAUUGAUAUGGCAAAAAUCGUCAUCGACAAUUACUGCUCACCCGAGAAGCUGGCGGGGAUGAAGGAGGCUAUCGAAGCAGCAGGCAGCAACACAGAGGUUCUUAGCAUUCCAGACGCUGAAACCUUGGCUAAUGUACUCAGUGCUGGAGUUCAGACUACAGUCAGUGACCCACGUUUGAUGAUCUCUUAUGAGCCAAACUAUGUCCCAGUGGUUCCACCAAAGAUGCCUCCCUUGCCCCCUGACCAGGUAAUUGCGGUCCUGCAGACGUCGAUCAAGCUUGACAUCCUGGAGGGAAACAUCGGCUACCUAAGGAUCGAUCACAUCCUCGGAGAGGAUGUUGCUGAGAAGGUUGGUCCUUUGCUCCUAGACCUGGUCUGGAAUAAAAUCCUGCCUACCUCAGCGCUCAUCUUUGACUUGCGCUACACCAGCAGCGGAGACAUCUCAGGAAUCCCCUACAUUGUGUCAUACUUCACAGAAGCCGGAACUCCGAUUCACAUUGACAGCAUCUACGAUCGUCCAUCAAACACCACCACUAAGCUGUUUUCUAUGUCAACACUGCUGGGGGAAAGAUACAGCACAAGCAAACCCCUCAUUAUUCUCACCAGCAAAAACACCAAGGGCAUUGCCGAAGAUGUUGCAUACUGCCUCCAAAACCUGAAGAGGGCCACCAUUGUGGGAGAGAAGACCGCUGGGGGUUCAGUGAAAGUUGAUAAAAUCCAAGUAAGGGACACAGGCUUCUACGUUACCGUGCCAACUGCAAAGUCCGUCAACCCUAUCACUGGCUCCACCUGGGAGGUUACAGGUGUGACCCCUAAUGUGGAGGUCAACGCCGAGGAUGCCCUCGCUACCGCCAUCAAGAUUGUCACCCUCCUUAACCGAGUUCCAGCCAUCAUUGAGGGAUCAGCGACCCUGAUUGCUGACAACUACGCCUUUGAAGAUAUCGGCGCUGCUGUUGCAGAAAAGUUGAAAGGGCUUCUGGCGAACGGCGAGUACAGCAAGGUUGUCUCCAAGGACAGUUUGGAGAUGAAGCUGUCAGCUGACCUGAGGACUCUGUCCGGGGACAAGAGCCUGAAGACCACCAGCAACGUCCCAGCCCUGCCACCCAUGAAUUAUUCUCCAGAGAUGUACAUUGAGCUGAUCAAAGUCUCCUUUCACACUGACGUAUUUGAAGACAACAUUGGAUACCUGCGCUUUGACAUGUUUGGAGACUUUGAGGAGGUCAAGGCCAUCGCCCAGAUUAUUGUUGAGCACGUGUGGAACAAGGUUGUGAACACUGAUGCUAUGAUCGUUGACCUCAGGAACAACAUUGGUGGCCCAACAACUGCCAUUGCAGGCUUCUGCUCUUACUUCUUUGACAGCGACAAGCAGAUUGUGCUGGACAGGCUGUACGACAGACCAUCCGGGACCACCACAGAGCUCCGGACCCUGCCUGAACUCACCGGCACAAGGUACGGCUCCAAGAAGAGUCUGGUCAUGCUGACCAGCAGAGCAACCGCUGGCGCCGCAGAAGAGUUUGUUUACAUCAUGAAGAAACUCGGCCGCGCUAUGAUUGUCGGAGAGACCACCGCCGGGACUUCCCACCCACCAAAAACCUUCAGAGUUGGUGAGACCGACAUCUUCCUCAGCAUCCCCACUGUCCACUCUGACACUGCCGCCGGGCCAGCCUGGGAGGGAGCUGGCGUCGCACCUCACAUACCCGUCCCAGCUGACGCCGCCCUCGAGACUGCCAAGGGUAUCUUCAAAAAGCACUUUGCAGGCCAGAAAUAAGCAGCGUCCUCAGAAAACCCAGGGGGAGGGUUCACCCAUCACUUUUGGUUGAACCCCACUUUUGCUCUGGCCAAAUAGAUUUAAAGAUUUACAAUUAAGAAUUGUUUGAGAAGUUGAAGAAUGUAGAUUGCCUACAGUAGAGUGUAAUCUGCCAUUCAUUUAGUCAAAACUUAAGCCUUUUUAGGACCGGUAGUAAAGUAGAGCAAAGGUACAACAGUAUUUCUGGUGAAUGUUACUCUGGCUAGAGUAAACCAAUUAUUUUGUGAAAUGGGUAUGAAGAGUUCUGUGUGAAAUACCAGUUAUAACUGCCUCAAUUUUGACAUGUCCCAUGUAAGAGAUUGGAAACAAAUUAAGUACAAAUACUCACAAAUGAUCAUUGCUACUCUUGUAUUUUGUUGGAUUUUUGGAAUUGGGAACUCUGUGAAGUGACAAAGUUGUUGCUAUGGUCAGAAAUGAGGAUCAUGCGAUGUCCUCUUCGUGUAUGGGUAAAUACAUGAAUUAUGCCACGUGGGUCUGCUUAGGUGGUAUUAUUUCUUGUGGUGAGACACAAUAAAAAAACACAAAUACAA